GAAAUUUUAUUUUAGUCGCUCGCUGACUCUCGAACUGAGCGCUAUGAAUAUUUUGGAUUUAAACGACGAUUGUCUUGGCUAUUUACUGAGUCAUCUGCCAGCGGACGAUUAUAAGAAUUUUUCCCAAGUCUGCCGGCGAUUUCGUGAUUUGUUUAUUUAUCGGUACGGUAUACGAAAUCGCCACUUAACAUUCGACAUAAGCAGCACAAGACUCCAGCUGAUAGAACUCUGCAUUUGCCGCGAAUCCGUUCAGACGCUCACCAUCGAUCUUGAUCAUUUUAAUACUUCCCGAGCAUACGGAUCACAUGGAUGCAAAACGCCUAUCAAUUGUUUCGGCACACUUUGCUAUGCCUUGGAGGGCAUGGUCAACUUACAGUGCUUGGAGUUAAAACAGCUCGAAUUUAUUAUCACACCCGUUGUCAAACCAUUUGAGAAGAUCUUUGCUGCAGUCAGGAAUUUAAACGAGUUAAAGAUCUUGAAAGUUUGCACAAAGGAUGAUUGGACCUUUGAUAAUGUGUGGCAUCUGAGCCACCUGGAGGAGCUUCAAUUAAAUACACGGAAAAUAGGUGUCUCAGUACUGGCCAAAUGCUGUAAAUCGAACCCCAAUUUGAAGGCGUUGCACCUCGGCUAUGACUGUGUCGACAAAAACCUAAAAGACAUAGUACCUCAUUGCGGAAACCUGGAGACGUUUAAGUUUGGCAUGAUGGCGGAAUCUGCUGCCUACGAGCCGUUGGCUAGGUUACCUAAAUUGAGGAAACUCAUCCACUACGGCGUUCGGCGCAAAGACUCCUUUGCUCCGUUGCUCAAAUCUCUGGCUGUGCGGUCGCAGCUACAACAUUUAGAAAUCGAUGGAGGCAGUCUGAGUGCAGAGGAAGUGCUGCAAAUUGUUCAACUAAAGGGACUGCAGCAAUUGAAAUGCUUUUGCUUGAGGGCCGAAUGUGUGGAAAUGCUGGCGCAACUCAAGCAACUGCAGAAGCUGAGUCUUUGGAUGUCCAGCCGACGCGACAUUUCGAAAGCCCUACUCAAAAUUGUGCGUGAAUGCAAACAACUUCAACUGCUGCGUGUUGCAACUGGAAUUUUGUCAGAACAUUUUAUAGAUGACGUCGCCAAGUUGCUAAUUGGAAUCCGAGAUGAGGUGACGCAGCAACCAUUGCAGCUGGAAAUUCCUACUCCGACCCAUACAGUCUCCAUUGAGCAAUGGUCAUUUCAAAAUAGUCUGCUGCAUUGUUCACCCUUUGAGGCAGAUUCUUGGAAACUCUAAAAGUAUAUUUUAGAUAUCAAGAACAUGGAAUUCGCAAUAAAACCCAGAAACUGGGACUGAGAUGGCAAGAGACUGAAAAUCAACGACAACGUUAUUCAUCUUCCUUAACUGAUCAAUACACAGCAACUAAAGAGCUUAAAGUUGAUUUCAGUCUGAUUGAUUAUUGGCCGGGAAUGAAUUUCAUUCACAAUGCAUCCGGGUGAAAUUAAAAUCAAAUUAAAUAAGUAUAUUUUAACAUUCUCAUUGUUAAUGAGACGUCAUGCGUAUAAAAUGAUGUAUAAUGAUGAUGCUGUUACUGCCACUCAGCCGGAGAAUAAUACGGGAGAGAGGUGGUCAGAUGACCAAGAGGUGCCAUCCAAUCCGUCAGUUAAGCUGUCAUCUCUUAUUUGUUUCAAUUUAAAACUGUUUUUCUGUUUUUCCGCAUGCCGGGCACGCUUUAACACGUUUACAUUGAAUUAAACGUUGCAGCGAACAACAGCAGCAAAAUUACAGAUAACGCAGACAACAACAAGACCAACAAGAGAAACAACAGCAGAGUAAAGUGAAAAUCAACAGACAUUGUUGCUGCAAAAAUUUCCCGUUUGUGCAAACGCUGAGAACAUUGGAAAAGCUGGCAGCAGAAGCCGGAAAGUGAAGUGAAAGAAAAACAGCAACAGGCAGCAAGCAGCAAGUAGAAUUCAACAAUGGCAACAAUGCACUUGAGACCAACCUGAUAUGAUAUUAUAUACAUAUAUUUAUAUUAUACAAAAACGUGGCAUUUCUAUGCAAAGCUCGAACAAAAGGACAAAGGAAAAUUAGUAUAAAUUAUGCAAAUAUUUGCUAGAAGAUGUUAAACGGCUCAUACUAUUGAUAGCUUAAAUUGACUUUGAACUAGAAUCUUUUAAAGUUUCACAAUGUGUAACGAUUAAAGGAACUAUAGCGCGAAAAAUGAUAUUCAUCUGUACAUUGUACAUUUGUACAUUUAUUAAAAAAACAAAAAUAUCUAUGAAAAGCAAA